AGCUUGCUAGCUAAGGUAUGAUGUUGACAUGAUCAGUCCAAUCAAAGCUACUGUAGAUAUAACGUGAUUUGAUGUAAUUUUAUCUGUGGCCAAUGACCUUGAACCUUCUUGAACGGUCACAUCUAAUGUAACUCUAUGGCAGCACCCAGGGUGCUUGAAUUUUUGAGCUCUCCCUGUAGAGUUUGCAGUGACGUAGUGUCCCCAUGAGUGACAGAACACUGAGCCAAUCACGGCGCAACUAGAGAACAUUACCAACUCCAUAUUUUCCACUGGCUGCCCCACCAGCACAGAAAGCACUGAACUAGGCUGAAACACCUGCAUUUUGGAGCUGCCUUACUCAAGAAAGCAAAAAAGAGACAGACAGCUUUAUUAACUAAAAUAUUAUUAUGUAUUGUUUGAAAACUGUUAUGUGACACGUAUUAAUGCCAAAAUAACAUGCAAAACAGGCAACAACAAAAACAUGUGUGUAUAUAUAUAUAUUUUUUUAGCUCAACAGAUGGGGCUCGAAACAGGGUCUUCCCCGCCUGCCCUGAAUGAUGGUUCGCCACUGAAAUGAUGAUACAUUGGUUGCAACAGUGUAGUUCCCACACUUGCGCCACUACAGCCGGAGCUGCUCACGUGACGCAAAUAUUGUUCUCCUAUUUGUUUGCUUACGUGCCUCUACUGCCACACCUUACUCGGAGAGGUGUAUUAAUCUGUUGCCCAUUUGAGCUCCAGUCAGUUUGUUAGGAAUACACAUCUCCAUAGGAUUUUACGCAUCUAGGCUUUUUAAUGACUAACAUGGAGGAGCAACGGUAUCCGGUUAAUGUCCGACUGAUUGGAGUAAUGCACAAGGAUAAAAGCAAAAUGUACAUGACAUCGGUGCUUUGGUCAGAUCAGAAUGACAUCAUUGUUUACAGAACCUUCAAGGACUUCAAGACACUUAAUGAACAAAUGAAGAAGAAAUUCCCACCUGCGAACCCACUUAAAAAAUCGGACAGAAUUAUUCCUAGAUUUCGAGACUGGAGGAUGAAGAUAAACGCAAAGAAUAAUGGUCCAAGCAAGUCGAUGGUCCAGCUCAAGUUUUUGGAGAAAUACUGCAGCGAGCUCCUCAGCUGUGACCCGCGCGUCUCACAAUGUCCUGAACUCAUCCAGUACUUCCACCCCAAGGACCAAGAUCUACAGCCAGAGUUUGCCAAGAAUAGUAUCAUGAUCAUGCCUUCAGAGGAUUCCGCUGGACAUGACAAGAGUGUCAACAUUGGAAACGUUACGCAGCCGUUCGUAACAGAGGCAUACCGGUGCAUGGCACCCUAUGAGACCAAAGACACCAAGAACCGGCCGUUCAAAGUGGCCGUGGACGAAAACUUGGACGUGCUCAUCAAAGACAAAGCAGGCUGGUGGCUGGUGGAGAAUGAGGACAAGCGUAUGGCCUGGUUCCCUGCUCCAUACCUGGAGAAGGUAGAGGGGAAUGAGGAUGACGAUAGUGACGAGUCCUAUGGAGAAAGUGUGCUGUACAGUGCUGUCAGAAGCUACAAAGCCACAAAUAGAGACGAGGUGUCUAUGGACAUUGGCUCAGUGGUGGAAGUCCUGCAGAAGUCUGACAAUGGCUGGUGGCUGAUCAGAUACAACGGCAAGAGCGGCUUCGUACCUGCCAUGUACCUGCAGCCCUACAACAACCCCCGUGUCCGCCUGGCGGCUCUCAACCUGGUCCACAGCUCCAGCUCUGACCACACGCUGGCCGGACACUCCCACGAGCGCAGCCAUUCCCAAGGCAACAUCCUGCAGCUGCCCGGCUCCCAACCUUCCACACCAAAUCAGCUCAAGCCUACCGACAAGCUCAAGUCUCAUUCUUUUAAUGUUCUAACUGUGCCUCAGCCUUGCCCUUCACCUGUGAUGGUCACCACCCCCGCCCCGACAUACCCUAGCAAGGGCACUCCAACGCCUACUAUUAUGGUGGAGGUGGACGGGGAGGUGGAUAAAUGCAAGCGCAGCCUCGACGGCAGCAUGGGAAGUGAGGGCAGCAUGGGAAGCGAGGGCAGUGACUUCAGCGACGACCUCAGUUCGUCAUCCUGCAGCUCGUCACUCAACCUGAGCCGCGCUGACAUGGACGAGCGUCUCCGGCGCGCCCGCACACCGCCGCCCAUGGUGGCCGAUCGUCUCAACCCCGACAGUGGCGUGUUGGAGGGGAGGAUGGUCCACGGAAGAUCUGACCCAAACCUGUUCAAGAUGGCCCCAACCACCCCCAAGGUGCCCCCCAGGCCCAGGGUGCAGGAGAUCCUGACACGCUGCACUACAGUCACGCGCAAGAACGCCUCCAAAGCCAAGCUGUCGCCAGCGCCUGCUGUGAUACUGAGCCGCUAAAUAGGAGUCAUGGGUAGCCAGUUCCUCCUUAGCCUUUUAAAACCGAGGGAGCAGACUGGGUUGUGGCCAGGACAUGUGGUGUCUUGGUGGGUUCCAGGAAGAAUCCAAAGGCUUUAGCACAAAAAGUCACUGUACUAGAAGCUGGACUGUGGGACUUAUCCGUUAUGAACUUACCUGAACAUGAUUACAAUGUGUUUUAAAGUGUGUAACUGCCUUGGGGCUGGUCAUGUAACCAUGAGUUGUGAUAUGGGAGGAAAAAUCAUACAUUACUGUAAUACUCUGAGUCACAUAUUGAGUCUUUAUUUUUUUAAUGUGGAAGUUAACUUCUUGCUCUGUUCGUCAGGCCUACUUCCAUGCACCUGGAGAUGGAUACUGAUAACUGCAUUGUAAACAUUAUUUUAAUGCUGUCUAUUAAUUCAGGAUUUAUUUUGUGGAUGAACAAAUAUUACGGUUAGGGGUUUACUGUCAUUUGUCUACAUUCCUGUUUUAAUGAAUCAUUUCUCUUCACUUAAUGUGAAGUCAGGUCAUAUACUGGUAUAAUUAAAAUAUACACUUGUGAAUAAACAUUCAGUAGCAAUUUAGAUAGAAAA